UCUAUAUCUCUGUCUUGGGACAGUGGUGGUGUGGGUGUGUGUGGUGAGAAUUGAGGGAGAGCCAUAAACAAAACAGAGUUGUAGUGUACCCAAAAAUGGCGAGUUUCCUUCUUCGAAUUCCAAACAACUUCAGAAACUUCUCUGUUUCAGCUUCUUCCAAUGGAGCUCCUUCAGGUGUGGGUCAAGGAGGAGGAGGAGGAGGAGGACCAGUAAUUGUGGAAAUUCCAAUGGACAAGAUACGAAGGCCGCUGUUAAGGACGAGAUCCAACGAUCCUGAGAAGGUGAAAGAUCUCAUGGACAGCAUUAGCCAAAUCGGUCUUCAAGUUCCGAUUGAUGUGCUUGAGGUUGAUGGAGUUUACUAUGGUUUCUCAGGUUGUCACCGAUUUGAGGCUCACCAACGCCUAGGCCUCCCUACAAUACGCUGUAAAGUUCGACGUGGAACCAAAGAAACUUUGAGGCAUCAUCUCCGUUGAGCUGAGUUGGCAACUUUGAUUUUAUUAAUAAUGAUAUUUGCUAGUUAUUAUGUUGUAAUGUGCUUAUUGUAUGGUGUGUUGUGUUGAGGAUAUGGAAGCUUGUGAAUAUUUAUGUAUAGGGUGGUGAAUUUAUUAUCUUUUUCCUUCUACAAUAAAAAAGCAAGUUGCCCUUUUUUAUCUUUUUAAAGGGGCUGUUAAAA